GGCAUGAACACCAGUUCGACUUCAGCCUUCAGGACUUCUGCUUCUCUUCGUCUUGCAGAAUCUGAAGAGGGGAGCUUUCUGCUUCUUCUCCAUUGAGCUUCCAGCUUUUUGUUCGUUUUGACGAGACUCUGCAGGACCAGCAGCAUUGCUUUGAUCCCCUCAUCAACCCUGCAGAAAGCUCUACUGCAAUUUUUCAGAGUACACUCGCAAUUGACGCCGCUGCACUGACUGUGACAGGACAGCAUCUCUCACAUUGUUGAGCUUCUUCUGCAAUGGAAGCGAUUGCAGAAAAGGUUGCAGAAAAGGUUGCGGGCCGGAGCUGGUUUGACGCUCUUCUAGAAGAGGGCGUCUUGUGCGCAACUCUCUACCUGGUGUAUGUCCAGGGUACCACCCUUUUGCGCUUGGCGCACGGUGUCUACCAGAAGGCUGAAGACCAAGUGGAGUCCAAAGUGCAGUCAUUUCAGGAGCCAGGGAAGAAACGGGAUGUGACCGCCAACAAUGUACCAUUUGAGCACUCCAUGUUUGGAGCCGCCGACUGGCCACUGAAAGCGCUGGUGGCAUUCCUGAUUCUGAGCCACUUUGCGUCCACCUUCUUCUUCCCCACUUACUUUGCCACCGAGCAGCUGUGGCUGGCCCGACGGGCGGCUAUCGUCCUGUGUGGUCUCUGGUUUGGUUUCCGCUGGAAGAGCAACUACACCAGGCUGCUCAUUAGGCACAAUCCGCAUGACCGGGACCGCUACAUUGUGCUCGACAAAGUCGCUACCAUCGGCUUAGUAACAGUCGCAGCCCUCAGCUUGGGCGAAGUCAUUGGGGUCGCUUUCCAGUCCUUGCUAGCAAUUGGGGGAGUCUCGGGAAUUGCAGCGGGGCUGGCGGCAAAGGACUUGUUGGGCAACCUCUUCAGCGGGGCGCUUAUGUACGUUACACGGCCAUUCAAGAUUGGCGAAUUUAUCAGCGCCGGCCCUGCGACUGGGAAAGUCUUGGACAUAGGUUUCUACAACACGAAGAUGCUCACAGUUGACCGUGCCAUCACGUACGUCCCUAACUCCAGCUUCACUUGCUCGACGAUCACCAACUUUUCGCGCCAAGAGACGCGCUACAUCGAGGGCACGUUCCUGGUACGUCACCGUGACAUCAGCGCCGUCGACGCCAUCACCGCGGACCUGCGCGAGCUGCUGCGCGCGCACCCCGCCGUUGACACGCAGGAGCAGCCCCCGCGCGCGUUCCUGGCGAAAGUGGGGCCGCUGGGGGCGGAGAUCGCUAUGAACGCGGUUACGAAGCCGAUUGGGUUCGACGACUACUUGGUUGCGAAGCAAACGCUCCUUGUGAAGGCUGCUAAGAUUAUAGAGAGCCAUGGGGCGGUCAUUGGCCCCGCUCUGCCUCCAAAUUGGCAGCAAUAACAGCGCUCUUAGGUAUUUCAAUGCGAGCCCUUUGACUUUCGUUCGUGUAACAUAGGCAAGUCGGCAACAGACACCAUUGCGUUUGCAACUAGUAGGGUCGACAACUGGCAAGAAACAGCACUGCGUGUUGCUUUACAAGUUGCGGGGAGCUUCAGCUUGCUUCUGAAAAGAAAUGUUAGAGACGUGGAACUUCGUCCAACUUGAAUUAUUAUCUCUGUGUACAGUAGGAUGUUAUCGAUUUUGAAAACUUAAUGAAACCAUGCUGACCAUUGGUGUAACUGUUUCGAGAUCA